CUCACUAUACGUUUGUGGUGUUACGUCAACUUUUCUCACUGCGCAUGGAAUCAACGAAAAGAAAAACAAAAUUAGUUAGCAUUUUUAUGUGGUAAUAUUCAGUUAUUAAGUGUGCCUUUUGUGUCUAAUUAAGUUAUUAAGGUAACUUUCAUUGUGAGCAAAAUCACAUCGAAAUUUGAAACCCGCCGGACCUUUUAUUUACCACAGAUCAAAUAUACGAACAGACAAGUAACUGGUCGUGUUGAUCGCUACCCGCGUGUCUGGCUGCUAACUUGUGCGUGUGCGUAAGCUACCGGUGAGAGAGAGAGGGUGAUCGCGAUCAAGCGUGCGGGAACCUCGCUCAAACAAGAGAUUUCACCUUCGCGGACGGAGCUUUCAAGAUCAUCGACCAAGUUACUGCUCCCCAGUUCGCUCAGGAUGACGGAUCAAGCACAGCAGCAGCUUCAAGUCCAGCGUUCCAAUCGGCACCAACUCAAACAGGCAAUGUUCGCGCGGGUCACCUUCUAUCCCACGUUGUUCUACAACGUGUUCAUGGAGAAAGUGACCAAACGAAACUGGUACGAUCGGAUAGACGAGAACAUGAUUCUGGGCGCGCUUCCGUUUCGCUCGAUCGCACCGGAGAUGGUCCAGCAGGAAAACAUCAAGGCCGUCGUCUCGAUGAACGAGGACUACGAGCUGUGGGUGUUUUCAAACAACAAGCAAAAGUGGUCCAAAUUGGGGGUGGAGUUCCUCCAGUUGGCCACGACGGACAUUUUCGAGGCCCCCUGCCAGGAUAAGCUGUGGAGCGGGGUAAAGUUCAUCAAUCGGUUUCUGCCCAAGGGCCAACAGAUGCAGUCGCUGGUGGAUGCGAACGAGGAAUUCAAGGAGGAUCGAGUGGGAACGGUGUACGUCCACUGCAAGGCCGGACGGACGCGAAGUGCCACACUGGUGGGGUGCUAUCUGAUGAUGCGCAACGGAUGGAGCCCGGAGCGAGCAGUGCAGCAUAUGCGCGAGUGUCGACCACAUGUGCUUCUUGGCACCAAACAAUGGGAAGCUCUCCGAAUAUUUCACAAUACCCGACUAGGCUCGGCAGGUCAAAAGCCACCGGAAGCGACAUCGACGUAGACAAAAAAAAGCAGCAAUUCUACUCGAUUUGAACAUCUACGACCCAUAUAUAGGAGCAAAGCUAAUUAAAUUCUAUUCAAAUUGUAAAUAGGACCACGCUAGUAAUGAAACGCCUUUGAAGCUCAGUUUUCCCGUAAGCACUUUAUAAGAUCUUCCGAGAUGAAAUUAUAAAUAACUUUGUUAUGCAAAUGUGUUUCUAGAUCUGGA